GCAUCUACAUUAGUCGCGCCGAACACCUCAGUGGAUAUCUCGGAAAAGAUGUGACUGGUACUGAGAGAAAACAGAAAACAUAAUCCGUUCAUCUAAAUUUGGUGGCGGUGCCAGUCAUCCCUCCCUCUCCUCGCAUCUAUCCUGCUCUCACUUUCAUCAACAGCGCGCCGCGCGCAGCACGUGCCGGUUACGCACUCUCUCCGUCUACACCGCUGAGCGUCUCUUUGACUAUGAUAUGUCACGGACUUUUGGGACAGUCUUGAAAUUACCGAACUACGGGCACGACUUUGAAUUCAUCUCUCACGGACCGGCUCCGCUCCCCCCCAAAGAAGCGGAAUGAGCAUCGCGCUCCGGAGAUGGAAAACCGGGCAUGUCGUUUACUUCUAAACAUUUUUUGCUGUGUGCUUAGACAGGAAAACUUGAAUUAUGGGAUGCUUUGGGCUUCUUUUUUUGUGCUGCUGGAUGUAUUCCAAAACUUUUGAGUAAUUAAUUCGCACGUUAGCGUCUCAACAUGAAGUGCUCAUUGUCCAGUUAUGAUUUAAGAUGAAAACGGAGCUGAAAUAUUCAUAUCAAUGUGGAGUCAGGGCUUUAAUGAACGUGUCAUUGUUAUUAGGGAUAGUUACCUUAAAAUAACAGUUAUAACAUGUAGAUGCGCUCGAGGCUUUUCAACUAUUUCACCUGAGUAAGCCACGUUUUGCCUAUUCACUUUCAGGUUGUUUUAAAGGGAUUACAUGUCUUUAAGUUUAAUUAGUAAUUGACUUAAAUGUACCUUAUAUUCUAUUUUUUUUUUGUUCUAAAGUGAUUGAUAGAGUGAGUUUUACUGUAUAUGCUAUUAGAGAUCUUUUUUUUUUUUCUCGGUGUAAUCAGUUCUACUUAAUCAGUUAUCGGUCGCAAGGAGCCAUAUCGGUUAAGCCCACCAAUAAAUUCCAGUAGGUCUCUAAAAUAGCCUUAUUUUUUAUGGUUAUUUGCAUAAAUUAUUCAAAUUAGUAUGUUACAGAUAUUCAUUCUUAAUUGAAGUGUCCAUAUAUUUUGUUUGUCAAGAUUAAGUUUGAAUUUUAAUUUAAAUGGUGAUCUUUGCAACUAAAUUUAAGGAAGUCUAUUAUUGUUAAUAAUAAUACAAAAUCACAGUAUGAAUUAUUAUUAAUUAUAUUAUUAUUUAAAAUAAUGUAUUUUUAGUGUAGUAAGAUCAUUAUAUAUCAAUGUGUUCAAAUUUUCAAAUAAAAAGAACAGUUCUGCGACUCAGCUGUAAGACACUUAAACAAAUACAAUAAUCAUUUAAAAUCAAUAUCGGUUAAUCUCCACUGUAAAUGGUGCACUAGUUUGCUUGUGUCAACACUAAAAUGUUGGGUAGCCCUUCAAAUAACGGAGGGAUUAGGAUGCUGGCCCCCCCUGCACCCAAUGAUGACAGGCGGGUUGAGUUUGUGGCUCUCACAGCUGUUCACACUGAAAGAAGUGAGCCGUCGACCCCAGAGCGUGGACACCUGUCUCACCGCACCGGCUUACUGGGCACCCCACUGCCGGUGCCACCGGGCCCGAGGGCGACCCCUUCUGCCUCCAGCAAACGCUACAGAAAGUUACAGAACUACCUGUACAACGUGCUGGAGAGACCCAGAGGAUGGGCGUUCAUCUACCAUGCCUUCAUUUUUCUCCUAGUGUCCAGCUGUCUGGUGCUUUCUGUUUUCUCCACCAUCCCAGACCAUCAAACAUUUGCCAACGAGGCGCUCUUCAUCCUGGAGUUUGUGAUGAUCGUGGUUUUUGGGCUGGAGUACUUUGUGAGGAUCUGGGCAGCUGGAUGCUGCUGUCGCUACAGAGGAUGGCAGGGUCGGCUACGGUUCGCCAGGAAGCCCUUCUGCGUCAUAGAUUUCAUUGUCUUUGUGGCGUCGCUGGCAGUGAUAGCAGCGGGCACACAGGGAAACAUCUUCGCCACGUCUGCUCUGCGCAGCAUGCGUUUUCUGCAGAUCUUGCGCAUGGUGCGCAUGGACCGCCGGGGAGGAACCUGGAAGCUUCUGGGCUCUGUGGUGUACGCUCACAGCAAGGAGCUGAUCACAGCCUGGUACAUCGGCUUCCUGGUACUUAUCUUUGCCUCAUUCUUGGUCUAUUUGGCUGAGAAGGAAGAUAACCCAGAGUUUUCCACUUAUGCUGACUCCCUCUGGUGGGGAACAAUCACCCUCACUACAAUCGGCUACGGUGACAAGACGCCACACACCUGGCAAGGUCGGCUUUUAGCGGCUUGUUUUGCCCUGCUGGGGGUGUCCUUCUUUGCCCUGCCGGCUGGCAUCCUGGGUUCAGGUUUUGCUCUGAAAGUGCAGGAGCAGCACCGGCAGAAACACUUUGAGAAGAGGAGGACUCCCGCUGCCAACCUCAUACAGGCUGCAUGGCGUCUCUACUCUACAGAUGCUCAGCACUCAUAUCUCACAGCCACCUGGUAUUUCUAUGACAGUAUGUUGCCGUCUUUAAGAGAACUGACAUUACUGUUCAGUCACCUCCAACGGCAGCGUAGCACCAAGAAGGUUCUUCCCAACUCCUACCAAACCCUGCUGUCGGGGCUCCGGCCGUAUAGCUCCCCCUACCUGUCUGGGGACAGUGGGAAGAUGGGCUUCCGUGACCGCAUUAGGAUGAACAAUUCACGGUCCUCUCAGGCUAUCCGGAGCAAGGCUUCUCCUUUACCUCCAGGUAAUGUUCAGCAUUCCCCCAGCACGGAGAAUGUUCCUGAAGCCACCAGCCCUGGCAAGGUCCAGAAGAGUUGGAGCUUCAAUGAUCGGACUCGAUUCCGUACCUCUCUUCGCCUAAAACCACGCCCCGCUGCAGAUGUGGAGGGAGUGGGAGAGGAGCACACAGAGGACAAAUCUUACUGUGAUUUCGCCAUGGAGGAAGUGAUACCAGCAGUAAAGACCCUAAUUCGUGCUGUUAGGAUUUUUAAAUUCCUGGUGGCCAAGAGGAAGUUUAAAGAAACCCUGCGGCCAUAUGAUGUGAAAGAUGUGAUUGAGCAAUAUUCAGCUGGACACCUCGAUAUGCUGGGCAGAAUCAAAAGCCUGCAGACAAGGGUGGAUCAGAUCAUAGGCCGAGGUACCAUUCCAUCAGAUAAAAAAAUGAGGUCUGAAAAGGGGGAGAAAACUCCUCCUGAACUGGAACAGAUGGACGAAUUAAGCAUGAUGGGACGUGUGGUGAAAGUAGAGAAGCAAGUGCAGUCCAUCGAAAACAAGCUGGACCUGAUCCUAAACUUCUACUCCCAGUGCCUGAAAAAGGGCUCGUCCCACUUCACCCUGUCGUCCCUGCUGGAACCCGACUUGACCUCUGACUACCACAGUCCCACCGAUCAACACGACCUGUUCCCCUCCGCAAACACCCUUAAUAUCUCCCACUCAGACAGUGGGAACAUGGAAUGACCCCAGAGACACACUGCAGCAGUCCCGCUCUGACUGUUGCAUCAGGGCAACAACUAAACAACUGCUGUAUCCUUGCAUGAGUUCAUCCUAUGCACACUGGAUGGUGGCUUCUGGCCAACCUUUCUAGACUUUGCCUUGCAAACUAUGCCCUGAUUUUUAGCAAUGUCCAGUUUUUAUUUGUACCAGUUCUUUUUACUUUAUUUCAGCUGAUUCAGGAAAGUUUUAGAGAAAUAUUCUUACGUGGAUGAAGAUGUUAUUGAGGUUUUGUUGAACAUUUGGACUUCUUCCAGUAGAUGGCAGAGUUUUAUCUGAAGUGGUCUUUAACCAUCACUUUUUAUCAGUCUUCCAAAACAAAUGAGGAUGAAUCUCUGACUGCUACAAAACAUUUCAUUGAUGGCAUUUCUUUCUGGAAGUCUCUGUGCCAAUAUCGUUUCUUGGUUUUGUUGAGUUUUGAUAACCAAUAGGCCUGCAGAACAAUUCUAUUUUUCUCUCUGUCUUUUUUUCUAAGAAAUCAGGGCAUUUUGAACUGAGUUUGAAUUUGGGACUCUCCUUUGCCUUGGCCUUACACUUUGGCCUGAUGCAAUAGACUCCUUGUGCCACUAGAAGUCGCUGAGCUUCUAAUGAAUGUACUGCAUCCAGUACUUUUCCUUUAUUUAUCACUAACAUGUCCUUUGAGAAAACGGCAUCACCGAUGCAGCAUGAUUGACUGACGGACAGUAUUUCCACCAAAGCAUCAUCUCCUGUCAUUAUGUUCUUGCAUGGUUCCUCUCGCCACACCAGGAAGAAAGGAACUUCAAAAUGUGAGACCCUCAUGUUUCCUUCUCACAUCCCUUUGGCUUAUUGGGUCCCUCUCUUCUGCGAUAGCACCCUGCCACUGCAUCAUCUCUCAGAAGCCCACCGUGCAAAAAAAACACAAAUCAAAUAAAUAAAUAAAAAUAUUCUUUGAUGAAAUAGCCAGCAUUAAAGUGCAUGUGUAUAGUUCGAAUAGUUCAGGCAGGUUUGUUUUAAUUUAGUGGGGUUAGUUAUAGAGGCUAUUCAUAUGCUCUUCUCUCUGAUCCUCAGCCUCUUUGCCUUGCAGCCCAUCUCUUCAUUCAGCAUGUGUAACUGCAAACGAACUAGAGGAUCAAAAGUAGUCUUUAUCUUCUCCCCAAAUGAGACUCCCAAUUAUUUGAGAUCUAAAGGCAUAUUUCACAAAAAAAAAAUGGUCAUGUAUAUCCUUCCAAACCUGUAUGAUGGACAUUUUUCACAUUUCUACACUGUUAAAGAAAUCAGUAAAAAUAUGGCACUAUGUACUGUAUUAAUACUGUACUAUACUAUACAGUAUUAGGAUUUUUUAUUUUAUACAGGUGUUUUACCCGUAGUUUGAAUUUUGCACUACAUUGCAUUGUGUUUUAGAGUUAGUGGAAAUGUUUGGAAAAUUACUGGACAAUUACCAAAAAAAUUUUCCUUUUUCUUUUUUUCUUUUUUGUAGAGUCUAGGGUUCUCCAAAAGCAGAAGUCUUCAUAGUUGUAGAAGCUUCUUUUUAAUGGUGAAUUGAAACAACAUUAACAAUUAUACAAAUAUAAUUUUUGCAUUCACAUUUCCCUAAUAGCAAUCUUUCCAAACCAAAUAAUAAUAAUUAAGGGAUUAUGUUGAUUGAUUAGCUGCAGUCCGUUUUCUUCUUUCAGACGUUAUAUCCAAACGUUUCGUGGCUCUUCCAAGCUUCAUAAUGGCAGUGAAUGGUGGUCGAGAUUUUGAAGGCCAAAAAAGUGCAUCCAUCCAUCAUAAAAAUUGUUCCAUAGAUCUCUGGGAGGUUAAAAAAACACAAAGGAGAAUGCAAAACAAAACGGCCUCAAAUUCUAAGUACAAAACAAAGAUUUCUAGAAAAAUUAUGAUUUUGUUAUAAGCCAAAAGAAGCAUGGUUUUCCUUUUGUGUAAAAAAAACUUCUCAUAUUCUCACUGGAGCUUACACUAUACCUAUAUUGUCCACAGGAACACCACUCUUUCAUGAACACACAGCAGAUGCUACAAAUUAUUGCCAUUAGAAAGCUUGGAAGAGCCGGGACAUUUUAAUAUAAUUCUGAUUAAAUGUAAUAUAAUAAUGUUUGUCUUAAAGAAGAGAGUCAACACCUACAAUGGCUUGAGGGUGAGUAAAUCAAAGGGUAAUUUUCAUUUUUGGGUGAGCUCUCUCUUUAAAUUUAAAACAGUUGAAAAUGAGACUGUGAGGACCAGACUUGCAGUCUUCACAAUGGUCCCAGAUCAUGUCAUUUUCACAACUCGCAACUUUCAAAACUGUUUUGUGGUGUUUCCUCUUUUAAAGGUUUGGGUUUUUUUUUCCAGAAAGAUGUUUCAUCAACUGAACAAUCAGUAUAUUGUUAAACAACAGUACAAUCCAUUGAAUGAACACACUGUAUUUCCAUCCCUCAAGACUCGUUUUCAUUCCUGUCAAAAUGAAAUACAGUGCUACUCUGGCUAAGAACUAUUAAAGCCAUACACAUCUGAAAUAGCAUGAGUAAAUGAUGACAGAAUUGUCAUUUUUGGGUGAACUAUCCCUUUAAUUCUACGAUGUUUCACCAGGUUAUGACCUCACAGUGAAUGCCUUGUCUGGCUACAUUCAUCAUCCCUUAAAGAUCAAUAGGUCAGAGAUCAAUCCGGCAUGAAGAAAUACUUAUCAUACAUUAUUUUUCUUGAUCCGAUUAUUCAAGAACAAAUAAGAUUCUCCUAGUGUCUCGCACGUGACCUUACCCUCAACCAUAUACAGACUUGCCACAAUUUUUGAAGACUUGAGUAAUCGGGGAGCACUAAGACUAAUCCGAGUCAUUGAGAUGAGCAUUGAUGCAUGAUCUCAACAGUAAUAUCUAUGCAUGCAGUUAUGGGACUGGUUCCAGCUUUAUAUGACAUGCAGUUCAGGUAACGGACAGCAUGGAGGGGAUUGUAGGGAAUACAGCACCCCUCUGCCUUACUGACAUAGCAAGAGCACACUGACCAUGUGUUUACGGCACAACAGUUGACCUAAGAGAUCGUUUAGGCCACUUGUCAUGGCAUUCAUUCAUUAUUCUAAUGGACAGAACUGGAGUACACAAUUCAAGUAGAGUUUUCUACCUUCACAGAUUCCAAUACAUGCGUUUUGAAAAUCUCAUUCUUCUUUCACCACAUUUGUUUCUACUGGACUGUAUUUGAAAACAAACACUUGUUUUCAGAAGGUCUUGCUUCCUGAACACACACGCUCUAACUUUUCUGUCCCUUUAAACAGAACUCUGAACCUUCAGGCAUUACAUAAUAUUUUUUUCCUCAUUGACAUUAUUGGUAACUGCAAAUGUGAGAGAUAACUUGAUCUAUAAUAUGUAUGUUUAACUCUGACAUGAUUGUAAAAAAAAAAAAAGAAUAAAUCCAGAUUUUG